GAAGGAGAUCCGUUCACCUGGUGCAAUAGACACCCUUAUCCAGACACAAUAAGGGAACGCAUUGAUCGAGUGUUAGCUUCUAAAGAUUGGAUUGGAGAAGUACCUACCCUGGAACUAAGAGAAGGCAGCCAUGAAUGCCACUCCAUGAGGGCACUCCGCGGCAAAAUGAAACUUUCUCUCUUCCUCAGCCUAAAAGAAGUAGGGCCUGAUUCCUGCCUUCUCCUCGACAUAAGGGCGCCAUAUGAAUUGGUUAGGGUCAUCAAUAAAUCUUGAAAUCGGCACCUGCAAAGUGCUUGAUUCGGUCCAUUGGUCGGAUCGUGGGAACUUCCAGUCUUUCUGCCCUUUCUUCGGGGAGAAGAACGAGAAUUCCGCUCGACCCUAGUCCAACAAUCGUUCAUACAAAAGCAUCUGGAGGAAAGGAGUGUACAUGAAGUUCUGGAUGGCCUACCUCCGGGCAUCUUCGAAUAUAUUACUAUUUCCUUCAAGCUUGCAUGAAUCGCCCCACCGGAAACCAGUUCUCCUGUGGUUAAGCAAGAGACUUCCUCUUUACUGGUCCCUAUACCCCAAGCGGCAUAAGCACUCGUAACUGCUUCAUUUAUAACAUAAAAACGAGUUUGACCUUUUUUUUUUAUUUUGUAUAUAAGAACCCUAUCCAAUGCUCUUGUUUAGCCUGUUCCGAUCUUCUUCGAUAAGCCUGGUUGGCAUUCCCAGUCUUU